UCUCACACCUCUUUUCCCUCCAUAAUUCCCCUCAAAAUAAAAAAACCUAAAAUUAAUAAACAAAUAAAUAAAAUACCCACCUCCAUUACAAAUACAAUCUCAAAUAAUAUCUCAUCUUCUUCCCAACACAAACCACUUACAAAAACCCUCUCCCUUCCAUUCAUCUCUUCCUUGCCCCUCACCUCCAUUCCCCCAACCUAACAAAGCCCACCAGCAUCCCAUCCCAUCCCAGCAAAAUGAGAGAAAUCCUCCACAUCCAGGCAGGCCAAUGCGGGAACCAGAUCGGCGGCAAGUUCUGGGAAGUGGUGUGCGACGAGCACGGCAUCGAUCCCACCGGAAAAUACGUCGGCGACUCCAGGGUCCAGCUCGAGCGAGUCAACGUCUACUACAAUGAGGCCAGCGGCGGGCGCUACGUCCCCCGGGCCGUCCUCAUGGACCUCGAGCCCGGCACCAUGGACAGCCUCCGGACCGGCCCAUACGGCCAGAUCUUCAGGCCCGACAACUUCGUCUUCGGCCAGAACGGCGCCGGCAACAACUGGGCCAAAGGCCACUACACCGAAGGAGCCGAGCUCAUCGACUCUGUUCUCGAUGUCGUCCGCAAGGAAGCCGAGAAUUGUGAUUGCCUCCAAGGGUUUCAGGUGUGCCAUUCUUUGGGAGGAGGGACGGGAUCUGGGAUGGGGACGUUGUUGAUCUCCAAGAUCAGGGAAGAGUACCCGGAUCGAAUGAUGCUGACCUUCUCCGUCUUCCCGUCGCCCAAGGUGUCUGACACCGUGGUGGAGCCUUACAAUGCUACUCUCUCUGUUCACCAGCUGGUUGAGAAUGCCGAUGAGUGUAUGGUGCUUGACAAUGAAGCUCUGUACGAUAUCUGCUUCAGAACCCUCAAGCUCACUAACCCUAGCUUCGGAGAUCUGAACCACCUGAUCUCGACCACGAUGAGCGGAGUGACCUGCUGCCUCCGCUUCCCGGGGCAAUUGAACUCCGACCUCCGCAAGCUGGCCGUGAACCUGAUCCCAUUCCCUCGGCUCCACUUCUUCAUGGUCGGAUUCGCUCCGUUGACCUCCCGCGGCUCGCAGCAGUACCGCGCCCUGACGAUCCCGGAGCUGACGCAGCAGAUGUGGGACUCGAAGAACAUGAUGUGCGCCGCCGACCCGCGCCACGGCCGCUACCUCACCGCCUCGGCGAUGUUCCGCGGCAAGAUGAGCACGAAAGAGGUGGACGAGCAGAUGAUCAAUGUGCAGAACAAGAACUCGUCCUACUUCGUGGAGUGGAUCCCCAACAAUGUGAAAUCGAGCGUCUGCGACAUCCCGCCGACGGGGCUGUCGAUGUCGUCGACGUUCAUGGGGAACUCGACCAGCAUUCAGGAGAUGUUCCGCCGGGUGUCGGAGCAGUUCACGGUGAUGUUCAGGAGGAAGGCGUUUUUGCAUUGGUAUACAGGGGAAGGGAUGGAUGAGAUGGAGUUCACGGAGGCGGAGAGCAACAUGAACGAUUUGGUGUCGGAGUAUCAGCAGUACCAGGACGCGGCGGCGGACGGGGAUGAGCUCGAGGAGGAGGAAGAGGAAGGGGAGUUUGAUGGCUGAGAAUUAGGGCACCGCCACCGGAGAUGGGGAUCGGGCGACGGCGGAGGAGGGAGGAGGGUUUUGGAUUGGGGAUUUAUAUUUUGUUUGGGGAUCUAAAAAUAAAAAAGAAAAAGCUUCAAUUGAAGUGUUUUCUUUUUGUCUCUUUUUGUUUUUUCCCUGUUUUUAUUUCGUGAGAUCGGUUCGUGAAUUUCUACUGUGAAUUUUGUGGGGUUGUGAAUUGUGAUAUAGUUAGUUAAAUUAUAUUUGUUCGUGUGCAAAGUUCGUGAAAUUUUUUAUGUUCAAGUGAUUAAUUAAAUUUAAACUAUUAAUCUUA